CUCCGGUUACGAGUGCACAAGUUGAGCUGUUGUCGACCUUGGCGGACAAGCUGCAGCUCGACGUAUGGCAAGAGUCCACCCGCUGUCAACGUGUCGGCGCUUCUGAGGCUGCGGCCCGAUGUUGUGGAGGAAUUCGAGGCCGAAGUCACGCGAGCGGGGCUCAACCUGACGACACGAUGCACGAACCUGCAGGAGGCGAUCGACGACGAACGACGCUCCAUGCGCUUUGCGACGUACUCGACCACUCCCCUGCGAUUUCAAAGAUACCUGAAGUAUGCCGAGUUCGCAAACGCCCUGAAGCAGUACGCGAAGAAGUACGACCACGUGAGCUAUCUAUCCAUCGGAAGAUCGUAUGAAGGGAGGAAUAUCAUGGCUGCCCACAUCAAGAUCAAGGAAGAUUUGCCCAUCGUAUUUCUGGAGUGCGGAAUUCACGCCAGAGAGUGGAUAUCCCCUUCUGCAUGCCUGUACAUCAUCGAUCAGUUGGCAACGGGAUACGAGAAGGACGAAGGCAUCAGCCAGCUGCUGUCAAAGUACGAGUGGCGUAUCCAUCCGAUUGUGAACCCUGAUGGCUACGAUUACACACAUACCGCGGAGCGGCUCUGGAGAAAGACUCGCUCCCGAAGUCGUUUCUCCGACAGAUGCCGAGGAGCGGAUGCCAACCGAAACUUUGACGUCGGACGUUUUUGCAGGACCAGAGGAAGCAGCAGUCCGUGCCAGGAUACCUACUGCGGCGACUUCGCCUUCUCGGAGCCAGAGUCGCGGGCCAUUCGCGACGCCCUGUGGGCGAUCCAGGGACGCACCGAGUACUACUUUUCCGUGCACAACUUCGGUCAGCUCUGGAUGUUUCCGUACGGCUACACCGACGUUCCCGCACCUGACUACGACCUACUGAUGAACAUUUCCCUGAGGGCCAAAGAAGCCAUCAAGAAAGUGCAGGGCACAGCCUACACGGUUGGACCGAUCUCGAAGACAAUAUACCAAGUGUCGGGUAGCAGCGUGGACUGGGCAUACGAGGCGAUGAAGGUGACCAAGUCGUUCGCCCUGGAAUUACAACCGUCGUGGUACAGGUUCCAGGGAAGUCUGGGUUUUCUGCUUCCAGCGGAGGAAAUCUACCCCGUCGUCCAGGAGACGUGGGCGGGAAUCAGGGAGGCCGUCGCCUAGGUCAUGGUCCUGGCACACGGCUCUCAAUUAACACUCUGUAUAGCUCCGUAUCAAGAGUCACCCUCUUCAGCAGCACAGAACCGCAGAACACUCCCCAGAAACUCUGCCCAGACCCCCGCUUUGUAAAAUACGCAAGAGAGACGAGGCAUCUGCAUAAGCCACAUACUAUGGAAGCACCACAAUCAGCAAAUGUACUCCUCAGAACCACGCCGGGAGCGAUUACGGAAAACUUCAGCUUGAACCUAAAGGAUCAAACCUGGACCAUCCAGCCGGUCAGUGAGACUACAAGAAAACGAAGCCUCCCGUUUUUCAUCUGGGCGGUCUGGCCCGGACCAGCAACUAGCCACAUAUCGAAAUACAGUUGUUUCACUAAAUCCCUCACCUCUCCUAAAAUUCCUUCUGUGUGCCUCCCCAGAACCAAACCUCAAAUGCGCAUGCGUGCGCGGCCACACUGAGCUGCCGUUCACCGGCCAUCAGUAGGAGUGGAGUCAAUUACAGUAAAUGUUGGAAGCCGGCCUUGAUUGUACUUUUUUUUUUCAGCGUUGCGGUUCCAAAGAACUGCCUGCUCACACAGCUUGCAGAAACAAUUGCGUUGGUCUUGGCUUCUUCGCAGUUGCGUAUACGCAUUAAACGCUGAACACUGCAAAAGUGCUCAAUGAAUGCGUCACAGCCUGUGUUGUCGUAGUGUAAAACCACAUGCAUAGCGAUUAGCUUUAACGUCCUUAUGAAUUAUGGGAAGACCUUCACAUCUCGAUAUAGCACCGGCCGGCUCUCUGGUCCGAUGUGACAAGGAGUAGAGUUACUGUAUAUGCUACCUUUAGGUAGUAACCUAAAGGUAUCAUAUACAACAACUCUAAGAAGGAGACACUCAGAAAAGGAUGAAGCCCUGGCGAGAAAAAUGCGCAAAAUAACUAAGAAAUUGAGUUGGUCUUAUAGCUGCAGACCACCAGGAGGACGAGGAGGUAGAGGGAGAAAAGCAGGAAGGUCAACCAGGCGAGCGUCCGGUUUGCUAUCCUACACCGGGGGAAGGGAACAGAGGAAUGAAAAACAAAGGAAAUGCACAUCCACAGCUCUAUGUGCAACUGCAUGUUAAGAUCACGUCGUAGAAUCAGCGCAGCUUCUUGCGGUCGACUAUGUGCCGUCGAAGCGAAAUAAACAUGUUUGGCAGAGUG